GUCUGUUUUGUUAAGCAGUGUUAUGUAUUAGUGUUUUAUUCCUGUUUUUACCAUUUGGUUUGUCUAGUUAUUUUUGACCAGUUGUUUUUGACCAUUUGUUUUAACCAUCCAUCAAAAUGAGUAGCAAUCCUAAGGCCUCGAAAUCCAAGGGAAAGAAGUCCGCUAAGAAAGUGCCUGUGAAAGUUGACGAACAGGAUGUUACAAUUAUAUCUGAAGGUGGUGAUGUAAACAAAGAUCGUAGAAAAGCAAAUGCUGAAGACUCCUUUGCCGAAUUGGAGAAUCUUACUGGGCUUAGUCUGAAAAAUGCUCCUGCAGCCUUAAGAAUUCGACCAAAAUUUCAAAGUGGAAAUGAAGGAAAGAGAAUUACUCUUAGAUCUAACUUUUUCAGGUUGAAACUUACGGGCAAUACUGUCCAUCAAUAUGAUAUACAAUUUGACCGGCCUGACAGUGCCUCAGUAGCUGAAAAAGAAAUAGAAAUCGGAAGAAAAUUCAGACGAGUGACAAAGAAAAUUCAUCAACAAUUACUUGCUCAAUUCGUUGAGACAACUGGAAAAUCCUUAUUUAAUGGGAUUUGUUAUGCUUUUGAUAGCGAUCGUAUCCUCCUCACUAAUAAACCACUAGAAGCUGACAAUUUAGAAGUAGGUGUCUAUUAUACCUUUCCAUUCAAGGAAAAUCCAAAAGAUGUUGCAACCAAUUACCAGAUCAGGAUCAAGAGAACAAGUUCCGUUACUCUUAGCUUCAAUUUCAAUGGAGAAAAUUAUGUCCAUGAUCGAGCGGUCCUACAAAUGCUAGAUAUAAUAACCAAAAGUUAUGCUUUUAAAAAUAAUAUUGUUUAUGGAUCUAAAAUUUUCUUCCCUUCUACCGUGAGACCGCGAAUUCUUAUGAGUAUCAAAUCGUUCCAGGCCAAAUCUGAGAAGCCUACACCAUUCGAGCUCGCGUUUGGCUAUCACCAGUCUACACAAUUUUGUCAAAGUGGACCUAUGCAAAAUAUUGACAGAGCAUCGGCUGUUCUUUACCGUGAAGGCCCACUUCUUGAUAGGAUCUUUGAGUUGUUUGGUCGCCCAUUUGGACCGAAUGAAACACUUGACAGUAAAUCAAUGGAUCAAUUGAAAGAGUUUAUUGGGCUCCGAGUUGAAACGGAAUAUCGAAAUUUUGUUUCUCGCCAUUCUAUUAGAUCUUUCACUAGAACAAAUUCUAGGGAAACUAGUUUUAGUGAAGAAGGAGGGAGACAAACCGUUUAUAACUAUUUUGUGAGAAAAUAUAAAAUCCAUUUGAAGUAUCCAAAUUUGCCUUGCGUUGAAUAUGGACAGGGAAAGUACAUACCCAUCGAAUUGUGCAAAUUGUUGCCAGAUCAAAGAAAUCAACGAAAAUUGCGUGAUGAUCUUAUUAAAAUUCUUAGCACACAUGCUACAUCUCAAAGGCCAAGUGGACGAGCAGCUGGAACCGCAGAAUCCGCCAAAUCAAUUGCUAGUAACGCAGCUCUUGCUGAAUUUGGAAUAACAUUAAAUCCUAAUAUGGUUGAAGUCCCUGGUCGAAUAUUGCCUGCACCUAGGUUACGAUAUUCUAAUCAACCUUCAUUUGUUCCAUUGGUUCCUGGAGACUGGAAUAUGCAGCAACCGGACAGAAAGAAAUUUUAUAGUUCAAAAAAUCUUUCUAAAUGGGUUUUCCUCUGCAUGUCAAGAAAAAUUACUGAUGAUAUCAUUCGUGAAUUUUGCAAAAAUCUUCAAAGAGUGGGAUCUAUGGUUGGUGUAGAAGUGAGUAUGCCUUCACCACCUGUUAGAACCACAAAACCUGCCCUUCGCCAGACUAUGGAGAUGUUAAAAAAAGAUUUGCAAUUGAUUGUUUGUAUGAUACCAGAAGAAGAUGAGAUUUACACUGAGAUUAAAUCUGUUGGAGAUCGAACACUCGGUAUUCCAACCCAAAUCAUUCUUGACAAACACUUCAAUCCACGCAAUGAUAUGAAAAGACAAAAAUUGUUUGACACUGCAUACUUAAGCAAUUUAUUGCUAAAAAUUAACAGUAAAAUCGGUGGCAUCAACCUUUCUUUAGCGGAUGUUAGCAAACCUAGUAUAUUAAAGGGGUUAACAAUGGUCGUCGGAGUUGAUGUUAAUCAUCCCUCACCCGGAGAAAAUUCACCAUCAAUAGCUGCAGUUGUUGGUAGUUUAAAUCCGGAGCUUUCCAACUACCACACCAAUAUCGUCAUUAAUCGUUCCAGAGAAGAAACCGUUGAUGUUCGUGGAAUGAUAAAACCUAUUUUAGAAGCGUUCAAAAAGCACCGUGGCUCCUAUCCUGAUAACAUCGUUGUUUACCGUGAUGGAGUCUCCGAAGGUCAAUUUGCCUACGUGUUAGCUUAUGAAGUUUUCCCUCUGCGUGAUAUGCUCAGUACAGAUUAUAGACAAAAUAUUAAAUUAACAUAUAUGAUAGUCCAGAAGAGACAUAAUGCUCGAUUCUUCCCGAUGAAAAAAGAGGACUCAACCAGAUCUGAAAAUAUAUUGCCUGGUUGUGUGAUUGACACUACUGUGUGUCACUACAAAUGGUUUGACUUUUACUUAUGCUCUCAAAAUUCGUUCUUGGGUACUGCUCGUCCUGGAAAAUACACGGUUCUUUGGGAUGAGAAUAAUCUUACUGCAGACGAGUUACAAAAAGUUACGUACUAUUUGUGUUACCUAUUUGCUCGAAGCACUAAAAGUAUAGCCGAUCCAGCCCCAGCUCGUUAUGCUCAUCAUGCAGCUGCUAGAGGUAAAGUGCACCUUAAGGAUAUGAUGAGAUCCAAAGCUCCAAUUCCUUCAAACGUGGAUCUUUCAGAGGCUAUUCGAGUUCUUGCUCCUCUACAAAACGUGUUAUACUUCAUCUAAUCGAGCUUAUUUUUGGACUUCGAAUUUUUGACUUACGAUCUCUUCCUGCACCAAACGAAAUGACAUUUAAAUAUGACUGAUCGCUUAUUUUCUGCACGUUUAUUUUUGAAUAGGUUCAAGUUUUUGUGUUCCUUAAGUCUUUAAUUAAGCUUAUAUACUCUACGAAAGUUACAACGAAUAUUUUUCGUGCAACAUGAUUUUAUCUUCCAAUUUAUUCUGACUUAAUUGUGAUAUGUAUCAUUUUAACCAUAUCUCUUGUGAUUUAUGCUUUUAAAACGAAUUAUUUUAAAAUUAAAGCUUUUAAUUUGUCAAA